AUUUAUAUGACUCACAGCUUCCAAAAUGCCGCAAUCAAACUGUCCCUUCAGCUGAGACGAAAGCAGUUAGCUAUGGCGUCUGCAGAAACCGGAGGGGACAAGUACCGGUCGUUCAUCCACGGCGAGGGCGAGAAGAACACGGUGUGGAGGCUUGGAGCCCCUCCAAACUUCGACGUGGUCAACAAGCUCUUCGAGGAAGAGAGGACCAACGAAUGGCCGGAGGGGUCUGUGGAAGAGAAGGUGCAGCGCUUGCUCAAGACCUGGGAGAUGGAGAUGUUCCACAAGGUGCGCCCCGAGGACCAGAAGAUCGUUCACUCCCAGGGAUACACCGGGAGCACCAACGGAAUGAAGCCUCUAACGCGGAAGGAAUGGAGCGCCAUGGGUGGCUACAAUGCGUUCCUGGCGACCACCCUGCCGCCGGAGCACCGCAUCUACGACCCAGACAAGGAGACGGCUGAUUCUAGCAUGUCCACGUUCUUGACGGCGUUUCCCCGGGGUUUCGCCAUCGAGGUGCUCGACGUCUACUGCAGCGGCCCACCCAAGGUCGCCUUCAAGUUCAGACACUGGGGGUACAUGGAGGGGCCGUUCAAGGGGCACCCGCCUCAUGGCCAGCGUGUGGAGUUCUUUGGCGUCUGCAUCUUCCAUGUUGAUGAGGAGAUGAAGGUGGAGAAGGCAGAGUACUACUACGAGCGCGGAAACUUCCUAGCCAGCUUCUUGAGCGCGCCUGCUGCUUCUGCAGCAUCGGCUUCAGGUUGCCCAGUGAUGACAGGAAACUGAAGCAAUAAGGAUUAUUGAAACAUGUAACUUGCAUCAAUGUAAAAGGACGAUCACCUCCAUAUUUUGAGUUGGCUUUGAUUCCAUGUCUGGGACAUGACAGUCUUUUUAAUAAAGUACUACUAGCUUAUUUGUUACAAA